AUGGCCUUUCGCGUUGGUCCUGUUGGGUUCCUCGGGCUGGCUGUCCUUUUCUUUACGGUCCCCAUCCAGCACAUGAUUGCCAAGCGUGGUGGUCAAGUUCGAGUCAAAGCUCUGGCCUUCACCGAUGAGCGCAUGAAGUUUGUAACGGAGGUGGUGCAAGGCAUCCGUGUGGCAAAGCUCUACGCGUGGGAGGAUGCAAUCUAUCAGUAUGUAGCUUCUGCGAGACGAACAGAAUGCUCCAAGUUGUGCACCUCUCUGCUAAUGAAGAUUGUCGUGCGUGAGGGCCUUCUCUUGAUGGCACCGGUGCUGGUCUCAGCUGGAAAAGCACUUGCGCUUGCACUGAUACUCGCUGGGAAGAUGUGGCAAGACGGAGAGUUGGAGCUAUCGGAGGCAAUCAUGAUCUUAGGGUUGCUGAAUACAUUGAGGUUUCCGAUGAACUUACUUGCCCUGUCACUUGCUUCAACGCAAGACUGCCUGGUAGCGGCGAAGAGGAUCUCCUCCUUCCUGCAACGCGAAGACAGUCGCCGCCGAGAUGUGCACCCAGAGGAACAUGACCCUGAGCUCGCUGCCUAUGCAGCCUAUGCAAAGGAGGUUGUGUGCUGUUGGGAUUCCACUCUUUCUUUCCGUUUGCGGGUGACCUCCUGUUGUCUGGAACGUGGAAGCCGAGUCGCUAUCAUUGGCAAAGUGGGCUCCGGCAAGACAUCAUUUCUUUCCAUGUUGCUUGGUGAAAUGCAGUCUCAACAGGGCAGAAGCUUGUUACAGGGCCGAGUUGCCUACAUGGCACAAGAGAUCUAUGAUCAAGUGCUUGAUUCGGCAGCACUCCUACCCGAUUUGGAGUCCUUGCUGGAUGGAGAUUUGACAGACAUUGGGGAACGGGGGAUUAAUCUCUCUGGUGGCCAAAAAGCCCGGGUGGGACUGGCACGCUGCCUCUACGCCGCCAAGGCAGGAAGUGCGGACGUGAUCAUGUUGGACGCGCCAUUUGCUGCGCUUGACACACUCACAGCGCAGACUGUCAUUGAGGGCCUGAUCCAGAUGACCAGUGGAUGCACAGUGCUUUGUGCCAUGUCCUCCCAGACUCACCUUCUGCCAAACUUUGAGAAACUUCUAGUCAUGGAUGACGGAGUUCUUGUUGCAGCAGGAUCUCAAGAUGAGGUUCGCCAGCAAGUGGGUCCCACUUCCUUGUUGGAGAAUGCUGGACAAGGACAGAGCAAGGCGAAUGAAAGCUCUCGGUCGCCAACUCGUUCGCCCGAUCGGUCGGCGGCAAGGACACCGAAAGAUUCGUCUCGCCGGCUCAUGCGGGCAGACGCAAGCGGAAAGACCUUUCCGAUCACUGCUCUUGGUAAGUGGCUGGGGGGGCCUCUGCAUCCAUGCCAGGGCUUUUUAAUUGGUGUGCCCAUUUGUUUUAUCUUCCUUGUGGGGCAGGGUUGCAGGGUCCUUGCUGAUGUGAGCCUUACUCAGUGGGGAGCUGGGCAGACGGACUUCUCCGCUCCUGUUGUACUCCUUGGCAUACUGGCAAUUGUGCUAGGCCUUCGCAUUGCUGUGUGCACUGUUGCCAGCUUCCGUGCUGCACGCCUCCUGCAUAAUGCCAUGUUUUGGCGGUUGCUGCGAGCUCCGGUGACUACCUACUUCGAUGUGGUGACCAGUGGAGAGAUUUGCAACAAGUUCUCCAAGGAUCUGGAGUUUGCAGAUGUGCAGUUGCCUGAAUUUUUAACCCAGUUCCUUUCAAAUGGUGCGCAGUUGGCCAUCAUCUUUGGGCUGACAAUCUUCGCGGUGCCCUGGUUCGCUAUUGUCUUGGGCUUGCUGUCUGUGGUAUUCGUGAUUGUUGCUGUUCGCUCGGGAUAUCUCUUACGUGGGCUGCAGAGAUUCGAAAGUUCCGCAAGAUCUCCCAUUUACACCUCCUUCGCAGAAACCUUAUCCGGCUUGCAGACGAUCCGCGCUUGGGGCCAGGAGGAACGCUUCAGCCAAGCGCACACGCAAGUCAUGCGGCGCAACCUUCGCUUCUUUCAUGCAGCCAGCAUGUCAGACAUUUGGCUGCAGUUCAGGCUCGAGCUUCUGACAGUCGUCAUCAUUGGCAGCUUCAGCUAUUUGUCUGUGGCCUUGCGCAGCUUUGUGGAUGGCAACGUGGUUGGUUUGGCCCUUGUCUAUGCCAUACAGAUGACAGCGAUGUUUCAGCGAUGCACAAAGCUAGCUAUAUUGAUUGGACAAAUGCUAACUGCUUGUGAACGUGUCCUCAGCUUCGAGAAGAUUCCACAGGAACCAUCGCUCGUUGAAUCACAGGAUCUUCAGCUGGGCCAGUGGCCCCAGGGAUCCAUUGCCUUCGAAAAUGUUUCUGUGCAGUACCGUGAUGGUGACCUCGUGCUCAAAGAAGUUAGCUUCCAUGCUCCCCCAGGAACACGCGUCGGUGUUUGCGGGCGAAGUGGAGCUGGCAAGUCCAGCCUGAUCAUGGCAUUGUUUCGUGUCGUGGAUCCGGUUGCCGGCAACAUCAAGCUUGACGGCGUAGACAUUUCGAAGAUUGGCCUGCAUAUGCUGCGGAAGAAUCUGGCGAUCAUUCCUCAGGAGUCCAUCAUCUUCAGCGGCUCCCUUCGCUCGAAUUUGGAUCCGUUUCGGCGCGUCUUAGAUGACCACGUGCUCGAGGAAGCGCUGCAAAGGGUCGGUCUACAAGGUCUCGUCAAAGAUUCUGGCUUGGACAUGGUAAUCGCCGAGCAGGGCGGGAACCUCUCUCAGGGCCAGCGGCAGCUACUUUGCAUCGCCAGAGCCUUUGUGCGGGAGAACCGCAUUAUGAUUCUAGACGAAGCCACAUCAUCAGUAGACGAGGAGACUGACAGUCUCAUCAAACAUGCGCUCCAAGAACACUGGUCCAAAGGUCACGAGAAGUGCACUGUCCUCACCGUCGCCCAUCGCCUGAGCACAAUUUUGGAUUACGACAGGAUCUUGGUGCUUAGCAAGGGCGAGGUCGUCGAAUUUGACUCCCCUGCCGCGUUGCUUUUGCAGCCAGAAGGGUACUUUGCAAGGAUGGUGAAAGAGACCGCGCUGGAGGCAACCACGAAAGCCUCCCUGUAG